UUCAAAAGGGUCCACAUACAAACGAGUAACAAUUCAUAAGAAACUCAGAAAAGUGAAACGAAAAAUAGGAAGCGGAUUUGAGAUUGGCUUACAGGGUGAGCACGCAUCGGGUGACCUGACGACCUUUGUCGAGACACUUCUCCGGGUUCGGGUCCUUCUUCUUGCACUUGAGAAACGCCACGUUCUCGGCCUGGCAGUUGAACUGAAUGUGCUUCGCCGCCGCCGUCAGCACCGCCGACGCUGGGAUUGGUUCUCCCGCUGGGCCCACCGCGCUAGCCAUAUCCGGCUCCUCCUCCGAUCGAUUCCGAUAAAAAAAGAUCCAAACUUUGAAGCAAAAAAAUAAAAUUUUAUUAAUUCAGAGAAAUCCAAUUGAAAAACAAAGCUCCACACGCACAAGGCGACUUUGGAGUGGGAGAUUGAAAGGGCAGUUUAGUCUUUCCAUCCUAAACCCUUGGGCCUUGUACUUGAAUUAGAAUACACUGCGGGUUUUCAGUCUCCUCCUUGAGACUCCAUUUCGGCUUUGCACCUCUCACUUCUCAGGCGAUUGCAGCUUACAAAAGUUGAACAGAAUGGGUGAAAAGAAGAAGAAGGCUACCUUGUUCAUCCGACUUAUCUCAGCAGCUGGGACUGGAUUUUUCUAUGUCAAGAAGAAGCCGAGUAGGGUGCAAGAGAAGCUUGAGUUUCGGAAAUUUGACCCUCGGGUAAAUCAUCAUGUUCUAUUUACUGAGGCAAAGAUGAAAUGAGCAAGUUUCCACUGCACUAUGGAUGUUUCCAUUAUUGUCCGCCUUUGUUUUUAAUCCUUGUAGGCACUCUGUUUAAAGGUAGACCUAACUCUUAAGAACUUGGGUUAAUUAAUGGUGUUUUCUGCUGUAUCUUGACGAAAGUUCACACUCUCUCUCUAGCUCAAGCAUAAUAAACUCAAAUUUCGAUUGCUAA